AUGAAUUCCGAGGUGAUAAUUGAAGAAGAAGUCAAACAGGAGUCUUAUGAAUGUGACACUUAUGAAUGUGAAAUAAAUGAUAAGACAUUUAAUAAUAAAGGCAGUGGAGAGCGUCUCCAUGAAUGCAAGAAAUGCAAUAAGGAAUUCACAGAAUUAGGUCAUCUGAAGAAACACAUGGUGACACACCGGGAAGUACGCUCGCAUGAGUGCAAUGUAUGCAAUAAAACGUUUACAAAUAAGGGUAAUCUGAAAAAUCACUUGCUUAUUCACAGUGGUGUUCGCCCCUAUGAUUGCAGUAUGUGCAAUAAAACAUUCAUAGAAUUAGGUCAUCUGAAAAGACACAUGCUCGUUCACAGUAGUGAGCGACCUCAUGAAUGCAACAUAUGCAAGAAGACAUUCACCGUAUUAGGUAAUCUGAAAAGCCACCUGCUCGUUCACAGUGGUGAGCGCUCCCAUGAAUGCAGCACAUGCAAGAAGACAUUUACACAUUCAAGUAGUCUCAAAAAUCACAUGCUUACUCACAGUGGUGAGCGCCCACAUGAAUGCAACAUAUGCAAGAAGACAUUCACACAAUCAGGUAAUCUGAAAAACACCUGCUCACUCACAGUGGAA